UCUGAGUGUCCGGUCCUUGUGCUGCGCUCGGCGCCCCCCGGCCCCUAGGAUGAGUAACUGUAGCAGUCGGGCGCUGACGCUGCUCAGUAGCGUGUUUGGGGCGUGCGGGCUCCUGCUCGUGGGCAUCGCCGUCAGCACCGACUACUGGCUGUACAUGGAGGAGGGCAUCGUGCUGCAGCAGAACCAGACCACUGAGAUCAAGAUGGCGCUGCAUGCUGGGCUCUGGAGGGUCUGCUUCUUUGCUGGUCGGGAGAAGGGCCGAUGUGUGGCAUCCGAGUACUUCCUGGAGCCUGAAGUCAAUCUGGUGACUGAAAACACAGAGAACAUCCUGAAGACUGUUCGUACGGCCACACCCUUCCCCAUGGUCAGCCUCUUCCUCGUCUUCACGGCCUUCGUCAUCAGCAACAUCGGACACAUCCGGCCCCAAAGAACCAUCCUGGCCUUCGUCUCGGGAAUCUUCUUCAUCCUCUCUGGUCUGUCACUGGUGGUUGGCCUGGUUCUUUACAUCUCCAGCAUCAACGAUGAGGUGAUGAACCGCCCCAGCGGGUCUGAGCAGUACUUCCACUACCGCUAUGGCUGGUCCUUUGCCUUUGCCGCCUCCUCCUUCCUCCUCAAAGAGGGUGCCGGUGUGAUGUCUGUGUACUUGUUCACCAAGCGGUACGCGGAGGAGGAGAUGUACCGUCCACAUCCAGCCUUCUACCGCCCACGCCUCAGCGACUGCUCUGACUACUCAGGCCAGUUCCUGCACCCUGAGGCCUGGCACCGUGGGCGCAGCCCCUCUGACAUCUCCAGUGACGUCUCCAUCCAGAUGACCCAGAACUACCCGCCUGCCAUCAAGUACCCUGACCACAUGCACAUAUCCACCUCGCCCUGCUAGACUGCCUAUUGGGCCGUCCCCAGAGACUGCUGGCUGCCCCCAACCCCCAAACUGCCCCCUGCCCAUCCCCAGCUGGGCGAUGCAGUGAUAGUCACUGCAUCGAGAUGGCUCCCCUUUGUCAUUGCCUCCACACCAUCCUGGGAGGUGUCUCCCAGUUGCAGGGAGAUGUUGGGUGGAGGAGGGGAGAGGUUUACCCCGUCUGCCCCAAUGUGGCAGGAAUCCUAACAGUCGUAUUGUUUGUUGUGGGAAGAUGGUGGGAAUCCUGACAGGAAUUUGCUCCAACAGCUAUUUUGGUUGUUGUGGGAAGACAGGCAGACAUCUGACAGGAAGUCUCCCUGUCAGCCAUUUUGGUUGUCAUAGGAGAACUGUCACAGAUCCUGACAGAAAAGUCACCCUGUCAGCCAUUUUGGUUGUCACUGAGACAGCCAUGGAUUCUGGCAGGGAGUGGCUGUCCUGCCAUCUUUGUUUGCCUCAUAACAGCCUACCCUGACAGGAAGCUACUUCUCCACUGUUCUUCUUUUGUCACACUAGUCCCUUUCCCUCGUAUCGUAUCUCCCUUUAUCAUUUCAUCUGUUGCUCAAUGGCCACCCCUGACAGAAAACUGCUCACCUGCCAUUCUGGUGGCUAUUGCAUCAGUGUCCCCUUCCCUUUCCUGGAUCCUGACAGGCCAUUUCUCCCAGGUCCUGACAGGCAGUAAUUCUGCCAGCAUCUUGCCACUCACCCCACAGUGGUCGACUCCCAACAGGAAGUUGUGUAUUAGCCAUUUUCUGUGUUGCCCCGCAAGUCCCUUACCCUCAUUUCCCAGUUCCCCACCAACACCUUUUUUGUUUCCUAAGCAAACUGCAGCCUCUGGGGUGGAUGUUGGGAAAGCUGCAGCUACAAGUGUGAACCCAGAGUAGACUGGGAGCAAAGAGCAGUGGGCAACUUUUUUCCGCAUGAAAAGAAACUUGAAACAAGAGACAAAUUAUGGGGCUGAGGGGGAUGGAAACAGAUGCCAAGGAGAGGCCUAAAGCAAAUGUGUCUUUUGGCCAACAAUGCCUCAUCGUACGAGACCACCCACUCCUCUGAGCACAGACUCCGGGUCCCGGCCCCUUUUCUAUGUCUUCCUGAUGCUGAAGAACAUUUAAAGAAGCCAAGACUUUAUUGUGAAGUGUGUGCCCUGCAGCCACAACUCCUCCAUGUGGGUGUUCACAGGGCCCUGGGCUGCCGGUGAUGGCCAUUGUAAGCCACUUGCAGAAUGGCUGCCUCUGGGCUCUGCUUCUGUGUCCUCCUUUUUCUGUUUCUUUUUUCUGAUUCUUUUCCAGCUUCUUUCAUUCAUUCAUUUGUUCAUUCAUUUUUCCUUCCUCUGCAUUUUCUUUCUUUCACUGCUCUGUUGCAAAAUGUGCAAGUUCUUUCCUUCUUUUGUCUUUUUUUCCUCUCUCUGCAUUUUCUCUUCUGCUUUCUUUUUCAUUCGUUCUUUCUUUGCCAUUUGUUUUCAUACCAAUUUCUGGACAUUCUUCCUUUUUUUUUUUCUUUCUGUCUUAGUCAUUUCCCCAUAUUGGUAGUGGGAAGAGGGGGGAAGGGGUCUCCCAGGCUGGAAUUUCUUUCACUGCAGUGACUGUGUGAGUGAAGGAGGAGCAUGUUGCCUUUGUAGCAGCAGAGGAAGGUGGAAAUACAGCCUGUGGAGGAGAGAGAGCCCAAGGGAGAGAAGGUGAUAUAAAGGAGAGCAAAAGAAAAAGGAGGGGAGAGGGAUGGGGGGAGGAGUGCAAGGGGUUAUAAGGAUAUGGCCUGGGGCACUAGGGGUAGGGCAGCAGGGGCAGGUAGGGGGUCAACAUGUACCCCAGCUGGGCCUGUGCAGGACCCCCUGCUGUCCAGGCACUGCUAAUCCUGUCCCUAAUGCCCUGACAUAGGUGGGUGAAGUCAGUGUAUCUUUCCUGGACUCCUCUGGCAAGGUUAUCUGCACACAUGUUCUCUGAUGUGGUGAGCUUCCCCACAAUAGUAGCAACCUGGAAGUUUCUUAUGCUGUGAGCUUCCUCAUUGCAGUGCCCCAGAUGGAAAUUCCAGCUCUUCAAACCAGUGUAGGGGGCUUCUGGCACUGUGAGUUUCCCAACACCCCACAGCCUCAGGGACUCAGAUUCUCUUACUCCAAAAACAUCUCUCCUUGCCAGGCCAGGGGACAAUUCCUCCCCCAUUUUCUGCUGGUAGCAGUUGCGGGGUUAUGAUACAUGGGGAGACUGCAAUGGAGACAGCAUUCCUGUGUGGGACAGCAUGGGGAAGGGUUUCUGGAAGGGGAUGGGGUUGGGGCAUGAGGUGGGGGAGAGUUCUGGAGGGGCAGCAGGAGGAGAGGGGCCUGGAAGAGUACCUGCUCCUCCUGUUGACAGAGCAAUGGGUCUCUAUCCUCACAGUCCCUCUUCUCAGACUCAGCUGCAGUCUAUCCAGCUGUCAAGAGUUGGAGAGCAGGGGGGAGUGACUCCAGAUUGACUCCAGAUGGACCUAGCAGAGCUGAGAUCAGGAUUUGGCCUCGGCCCUGUCAAAGUCUGGGGGUGAUGCUACAUUGGGCUAUUCCUGCUUGUCCUCAUUUUCUGAGCAGCUGUAGGCCUUGUGACCUGCCACAGGCCACUUCUCUCCCCUGUCCUUCCUUGUGGCUGGUCCACACAGGAGAUAACAGCCUCCUACUGCUGCCACCUGGUGGCAGGGCUCUUUCUAGCACAAAAGGCAGUAGGCCUGGAUUUGUAUUUUUGUGUUGCUGAUCCAGGCUUCCAAUCCUGCCCUCCCCCUUAGGGGAACCCAGACCUGGAGGUCCAAACCCAGGUGCUUCCCUCUUUCAGGUGAACUUCAACCCAUAUCUAAUAGCCCCCAAGGUGACAACUCACCUCCCCGCCCCCCCAUCCCAUCUCCCUCUGCAAUGGGCACAGUAAUGCAGGAAUCCCUCUGGGGUUUUAACUUUUCUGUGCCUGGAAAAGAGGGGCAAGGAAAGUGGUGGGGAGAUGGUGUGGAGGAGGGCAGUCUGAUUAGCAUGAUGAACCCAGGAGUCCUGUCAACCUCCUCCUUUGGUAUUAAGUUCUCUACUAUGCAUUAAAUACAACCCAGAAUAGAAAGGUGAGUUAGGAGAGUAGUGGGGUCUGGUGGGUUAAGGCAAGACAGGAUGGGAGUCAGGACUUCUAGGUUGUAUCCCAGCUCUGGUAGGGGACUGGCUCUGGUCAGUUAAAACAAGGGAAGGGACUGAACGUCAGGCCAAGAGACCCUGUGCCUCUCCCUUAGAGGACCAGGUGAUUCUGGGGCAAGAGUGAAUUCAGGAGCAUCACAAUUUCCAAGCAAGAAUGGGGGUGGGAAAUAGUAAUUAACAGGACCUUAACUCCCCUGCCCCCAGCUAUGCCCUGUUCUGCACUAGAAUGAGUGGCAUCUGGCGGGGUGGGUAGGGAAAAGACUGGGUGUAGCAGCUCCUGGUUUUGCAAGGCUUCUGGGUGCACCCAAGCCAUGGACUGAGCCAGUGAUUGGCUGUGCAGGGGUAAAAGAUUGGCCCUUUCCUUUCCCGUCCCUAGGAUCAUCCCAGGAGAAUGUUGAGGGGACAUGGCAAUGAAAGAGUUAAUCUAGGGCUGUUGCCCCUCCAACCCCAGUGGAUCAAUGGGGGAGGUCAUGGUGAGCAUUUAGGGAUUAUGGGAAUGAAGGAGUUAACUUUCUAUGCCCCCCUUGGUGCACAGUGGACUCCAGUAGCCUGUGGGGUAGGCAUCAGCUUGGCAGAAAUGCUGAGGGGAGACCUGGGGGAGGGGGAGGCAAUGCCUAUUUUCUUAGUUUGCAUUGUAGGUUGGGGGCUUGCGGUAGGGCGGGGAAAGGGGCGGGUGGGGGUGGGAGUGCAUUAUAACCUGAUAACUGAUAGGGCUCCUGUUUUUAUUGCCAGACUUUCCUUUGUAGCCACCUGGGCCCCUUCCUUCAGCCCGACAGGCGACUGGGGUCCCUAUGGGGCACUGGGCUCCCUUUCCCCUGAAGGUAUGCUGUACGAUAUGUAAAUAGAACUCAAAAUGACUUCAAUAAACUGGAUUUCAAACA